AUGGCCCUCCUGGCUCGUACCCUGGCACUGCUGGCAGUGACCAUGGCCACCGUGGCCAUCGAGGUGGUACCACUGGACAUGGCCCAGGACUCCUUCGAUGACCAGUACCGGGGCUGCAGCCCUGCCAUGACCAAGGCAUUGCCAUCCAUCUACAAGUUUGAGCUUGAGAAGAAUCCUCUCUUUGCCAAGACCUGGGUGAAGGCCGAGGCUGAGUGGCGCAAGCGGGGCUCCCAUGUGGCCCCUCUAGCGUCCCCAGCCCAGGCUGUGGCUGUCAUGGCCUACACAAUGAAGUACCUAUACAAGGAGUUCAACACUGCCGUGCACACGGCCGGGCACUCCCGCCAAGAAUACCGGAACAACUUCCACUUCAAAUCAUUGCAUUUCCUGUUGACCAAUGCCCUGGUGACACUGAGGCAGGCUCAGAAUGGGCAGUGUCGCCACGUCUUCCGGGGCGUGCGUGACGUUCGUUUCAAGGCACAGCGUGGCCAGAAGGUCCGGUUUGGUCAAUUCACAUCGACGUCACUGAGCAAAGAGGUUGUCCAGCAUUACGGGACAGACACAAUAUUUGAGAUUGAGACAUGCCAUGGUGUGGACAUCCAGGCUUUUUCCUAUGAUCCUAGCAACCGUGAGGUGUUGAUCCCACCAUACGAAACCUUUGAGGUCACCAAAGUCAUCCGGAUUUUUAAGAAGGCACGGAUCAGUCUCCGCUCCACCGGGACCUUCAGCAAACACAACUGCGCGUUGCUAUGGGAGCAUCCCCAGGGCGCCCUUGCGCCACAGAGGACUCCUCUUGGUCACCGCAGCCCUGGCAGUGGCCACCGGGACCCUCUAAGCCACGAGGCCAACAAGGUCACCAAGGUCACCAAGGUCACUGUGGCUACCACGAUCACCAAGACUCCCUGCGCCACAAGGCUACCACAAGGCUUUCUCCACUGUCAGGGUGACCUCAAAAGGUGGAAAAGUCUCUUUCCCAACCCGCGCUUCCGAAGAAAGACUCGGGAGUCUUCGGCUGUCAGUCUGAAGGUUGUUUAUUGA